AUGGCGUCCCAGUCCCUCCUUGAGCUGGUUGUCCAGCGGUUUCUCUACGGCUUGAAGAAUUUUCCUUUUCCUUUUGCAGACUUUCUGUUGGUCUGGGUCUUCGUGCUUAUUCCACGCAUGAUCUUCUUUGCCAAUUAUGACACUCGUCUGUCUGAUAUUCCCUUUGUAAACAAUCGAAAGUGGUACGAGAUUGGCUACUUCAAGGCAAAGAGCAGGUUCCUAGCGAACGCUGCAACCCUGAUCAAAAGUGGAUUCGAUCAGGGCGAUGUCUUCCGAAUGGUAAUGGACAAUGGAGUUAUCAUGGUUCUUCAUCCAAAGUUCGCCAAUCAGAUUCGCACCAUCGAGGGACUGAGCUUCAGCGAGUCUCUAGCGGAAGACUUCCACGCGCAAAUACCGGGCUUUGAUCCGUUCACGUCGGAGAAGUUGAUCCACGAUGUCAUCAAAACGAAACUUAAACAUGUCGUCAAACCCCUAUCCGAAGAGACGUUGAUGGCGCUUGAGGAAUGGCCGAUUGGUUUUGACGAUGGGCGCGAGUUCCCACUUAGAAAGAAUGUCCUCGAACUCGUUGCUCGUCUCACUUCGAAGACACUUCUCGGUAGCGAGAUCGGUCGCAAUCCCGCCUGGCACAAAAUCAUGGUCAACUACACAGUCGACGCAUUCGUGGCUGCUUACAUCUUGCGCCUUUUCCCCAAGUUCUUGCGCCCCCUCGUGUCCAAGUUUAUUCCCCAGUGCCGGAAACUGCGCAACGAGCUUGCAGAGGCACGUCGCAUCAUCGACCCUGUUCUAGGAUCCAGGGAGAAAGAAAGAGUACCCAUCGGUGAGCUUCCCAACGCUGUUGUUGAGGAUGGGUUUGUCUGGUUGGAACAAUGCGCGAACGGGCGUGUGUAUGAUCCAGUUAUUGCGCAGCUCUCGCUCUCUGUUGUUGCCAUUCAUACCACGUCGGAUAUGUUGACUCAGGUUUUGUUUGAUAUUGCGGAGAGACCAGAGCUCAUCUCUGCUCUGCGCAAGGAAAUCAUUCAAGUUUUCGACAAUGACAGAGUCUACUUGACCCGAGGAAACCUUCAGCAGCUGAAGCUGAUGGACAGCGUGCUGAAGGAGAGUCAGCGCUUGAAGCCAGUUAAUAUCGUCUCAAUGCGUCGACGAGCAAACUACAACAUCCGGCUCUCCGACGGCACCCUAAUCCCCAAAGGCACCAUGAUCUGUGUCUCGAACCAUUGGAUGUGGGAUUCCGUCAUCUACAGAAACCCAGAGAAAUUCGACGCGUUCAGGUUCUACAAGAAGUCCGGAAUCAUGAGCUACGACUUUGCGUCGAAGUUCGUGUCCCCGUCUCCUGAGCAUCUCGGGUUCGGUCUCGGUCGUCAUGUCUGUCCGGGUCGGUUCUUCGCCGCCACUGAGAUCAAGAUCAUUCUGUGCCACAUUCUGCUCAGAUAUAAGAUCCAGCUGGCACCGGCGUCCAAGCCCGAGAUUAUGAAAGUUGGUGCGGCGUUGGGUGCGAAUCUGGAUGCGAACGUGCUUUUGAAGAGAAGAUGGCAGGAAGUUGUCUUGAGAUGA